AUGACAACAUUUAUAAUUCAGAAGCUUGAUUGGCCCUAUCCAACGUAUUUGGAAAUUCAACCACGAUUUGCCAAUCAAUUUUUUUUUCCCUUGAGCACAUCGUAUGUGUCAAAGCUUGACUUAAUUGCAUCAGUAGAAGUGGACAUCCCAGAUGAUUGUCAUUCAAGUGAUCGGUGGGGAGUGGCUAUAUUUGUUGCCUUAGAAGCUCAAGUUCCACAAGAUUUAAAGGAAAUGCAUGAAGAUGCUGGUUUUGGCCCUUUUGGGCUCAAAUUGAUGCGCUUGUAUUGGAGCUUUGACGUCAAAGAUGGCCCCUCCUUAUCGUUGUCCUCUUUUUCAACAGCAAAUAAUAACCUUUACCUAUUUACAAUGAUUGUGAGUGGUGAUUAUAUAUACAUUCAACGACAUCACAGAUGGAAUAACAAGUUCAAUCGAUAUCUCUUUAGCAAGCAUAGAAAGCCAGAGUUUAAGGAUAAAAAUAUGCUAUGCUUUGAAGUAAAAGUGGAAGGGCGCAAGAUAAGGAAGUGUGAGUGGUGUUUGUUGCACAAAGAAGAUAGUCUUGAAGCCCUGCAAAACAUCAACAAUAUUGAACUUGUUGACACAAAGAAACCUUCAGAUUUUGAGCAUUCUAGUGGUGUGAACAAAUCGAGCAUGGAUGAAAUUAAGGAAGAGGAUUCUAAUACUUCAAAUGAGGAGAAUAUAGAGAGAUCCAAUGCUAACUUCUCAUUGGGGAAAAUGUGUCACAAUAUUAUACACACACUUGGUUUUAGUGUGUUAGUUUUGUUGUCAAUAAAAAUAGGGGCUACCCUUUUCCUUUCACAUGGGCAGGGUUUGGGCUACACCCUUAAUGACAAAUGA